UUCCCCUUGCAGCCGAAGGUGUCAGACAGCAGAUGGUCUGGAACUGCCGCGAACAUGGAUGACAAGGAGCACAAGCUCAGCUUGAAGCGGGAAGUGGGGCUGAUGGGAGCCGUGUCUCUCAUUGGAGGGACGAUGAUUGGAUCUGGGAUCUUCAUGUCCCCACAGACGGUGCUGGCCAGCAUCGGCAGCCCCGGCGCCAGCUUGGUGGUGUGGGCAUGCUGCGGCUUACUGGUCAUAACGGUGUCUUUCUGUUAUGCCGAGCUGGGCACCGUCAUCAAAGAAUCAGGAGGAGAAUACAUCUACAUCCUCAGGACUUCCGGUCCAGUCGUUGCCUUCAUGCUCGUGUUCAGCUCUGUGAUGUUUGUCAGACCUGCUGGUAUCGUUGGCAUUUCCCUGAGCUUUGCUCAGUAUGUGGUGGCACCCUUUUAUCCUGAAUGCUCCCCUCCAGUGUUGGUGGUGAAAUUUGUAGCAGCAGCUGCUAUUUUAACUCUAGCUGUUGUGAACAGCAUGAAUGUUCGCUUUUCCAUGUCAGUGCAGGUGUUUUUCAUGGUGGCUAAGGUUCUGGCGUUGGCAGUUAUCAUAAUAGGAGGGGUGGUGAUGCUGGUCAGAGGACACAAUGAGAGCUUCAAAGACUCCUUUGAAAACACAAACUUGGGGAUCAAUCCCAUUGGAAUUGCCUUCUACCAAGGACUGUGGUCUUAUGAUGGAUGGAACAAUCUGAACUAUGUGACUGAGGAGCUGAAACGUCCUGAGAAGAAUCUUCCCAGAGCGCUGCUGAUAGCCAUUUCUCUGGUAACUGGCUUGUACCUGAUGGUGAAUGUGAGCUACCUGGCAGUAAUGACCCCAAAAGAGCUCAUGUCCUCCAAUGCUGUAGCAGUAACCUGGGGGAAUAAGGUGUUAGGCAGUUGGGGUUGGAUCAUGUCCGUGGCUGCAGCUCUGUCAGCUUUUGGUUCCUUAAAUGGGACUUUCUUCAGUGGAGGUCGUGUUUGCUUUGUAGCUGCCAGAGAAGGCCACAUGCCUGAAAUUCUGUCCAUGGCUCAUGUCCACCGACUAACUCCGUCUCCAGCGCUGAUCUUCACCACCGUAAUCUCUUUGGUGGUCCUGAUCCCUGGAGACUUUCAAAGUAUAGUGAACUACUUCAGUUUCACAGCCUGGUUUUUCUACGGCAUCACUUUGGGAGGACUCAUCUACCUCAAAAUCAAGAAGAAGGAUCUCCCUCGACCAUACAGCGUUCCACUAAUCCUCCCCAUACUGGUCCUGCUUGUGGCAAUAUUCCUGGUCUUGGCUCCCAUCAUAGACAAUCCUCAGAUUGAAUACCUCUAUGUAGCUUUGUUUAUAUUAAGUGGUGCUUUAAUCUAUGUUCCUUUCAUCCAUUUCAAGCUCUGUCCCGGUCUGCUCAGAAAGAUGACUGUGUUCCUGCAGCUGUUUUUGGAAGUCGCGCCUGCAGACAAAAACUUGUGAUUUUGACCUUCACUUAUUAAUUUGUCUGGAAAAAAACAGCUAAAAGCACCAAAAUAUUUUCAUAUGGACUGGGUCUGUUAUUUGAAAUGUUAUUAGAAUUGUGCAGUGUUUUAUUUUAGUCUAAUUUCUUUAAAAAUAAUAAUAAUAACGUUGUCAUAAAUGUACAUUUUUGCAUUAAAAAAACUUCAAAUAAAAGAUUUUAGGUUGAAUAGUUUUGCAAAAGUUCCAGGUCUCUUCUCAAAACUGAUAACCAAAAAUAUGAAUGCCUUUUCAUUCUAAAUGUAUCUCUAUAUCUAAAUUUUCAAGUGUAGUUAUAGAGUUAUCUGUUGCUUUGAAGACAGUAAAAAAAAUCAAAAUAAAAGACUUGGUAAAUUGUAUUCUUGUACUGUUACACUUAAAAUACGUGAGAUAGUACAUUAACAUUUAAGAAACACUUUUUACAUGUCAUCAUGCAACUUUUAGCUCUAAUUACAGAGCUAGGGGUGUCACUGGUAAUUUUAACAAUUUGAUUGAUCAUAAUUUGUGGUUUCUGGUGUGAUUCAUAGUUGAUACUUUUUUCUUUUGAACUAUCCAUUUUAAGUCAAUUCACUGACCUAAAAUCAAUUCAGGACAUCAUUAGCCAAAAAUGUAUCCGGUGUGGCUCGGAGAUGAAUACCUGGGUAUUCAAAUUAUGGUUUUCCAGUAUAUAUUGCAAGAUAAUGAUGUGAUAAUUCAGUAUGUCUAAAGUGAAAAAUACACAGGUAUUAGCAAAAUUAUGUCUUUAAAUGUGUCAUAUUUGCAUUCUAAAAGACAGACUUUUCUAAAAGUUUCUCAUAUAUUUGCGUUCUAAUUCAGUUGCUUUAGACAAAUAAACAUUUUUUCCAAAGAUACUUGUUUGGUAAAAUUGCAUGUCCUUCCAAAACAGACACAACAAUGCAAUCCACAAAAAGGUGUUCAAUAAUCUCUCCAUCUUCCUGACAGAAGGAACACUUAUUACUAACAUUGGGGAAAAAAACGACAAAUACAAUUUUUUACUUGGUAAAAUCCAUGUACCAUCUUGAAUAAAAAUUCUUUGAUGUUGUUAGGAAUAAUAUAUUUACAUGGUAAUAAAAAAAUUGUGUUCCAUUAAUUUUUGUCUAAAUAUGGCCACCUAUGUUCACAUACAGGGUUAAAUUUCAGUCUUCACAUUUUACAUUUUGUGCUCUUAAAUAUAUAUUAUGUGGAAUUAAGCUAAUUACCAAAUCAAAUUCUUUCCAAGGUAUAACGACAUAAUAUUUGCGUAUAAAUCCCAUGAGUGCCGAUUUCCCUUAUCAUCAAAUAAUUGAUUUACUGUAAUAAGCUUAUUGACAAACCAGUUUUGUAAAAAUAAAGUUUUGCUUUUGUGUAACAUGUAACAAUUUUUCCACAAAAUGCAAUUGUGAUGGGAAAAGUUGUGUUUAAACAUAAGAGUCCAGCAAAACAGAGCUUGUUGGUGAAAAUUGGCCAAUCUAACAGGGAGCUUUCCAACAGAGAAAGGGCAAGGACCUCCUAAAUUACCAAAUAAAUAGUUUGGGAAAAUAUUCCUUAAAACUCUUUUUUUGACUGUUUUAUAUUAGCUAUCAGACAUUUCUGUUUAAGAAAGAGGGAAAAUGUCGAGCUUUACCAGAUAUAAUUCACAAUCUAAGUUCAAAGUGGCCGAAAAGAAAACUCUGAUGACCCAGCAUUCUAGUAUAAUUUAAACGCAUCAUUUACGGACGAAACUGUGAGACGUGAAAACAGUCUCACCACAGAUUUGUGCAUAACUGAGGUUUUGUGUGUGGAUAACAAGUGAUUGGUGUGUAAUUUUUAAAGAUUUGCAUUUGUAAAUUGUUUCAAGCUGUUGUCAUUUUAAUUUGUGCAUUUGUAAAAUGUAUUUUGUCUCAAUUUUGUAAUUUUUGUAAUUAUGUACACAAUGUAUUUUAAGGAGUUAAUGUCAAGAAUCGAAAUUUACACACAGAUCAUGAAUCUGUAUGCACAAAUCCAAGGCUACGCAAAUAUGAUGAAUUACACACCCAUAAAUCAGGGUGAUAUUUACUUCUCUCCAUACCCCAAUAGUCAAAAGUACUGUACAGCUGGAUAACUCUGAUAUUGCUCGCCAUUUCUGUUGCUAUGCUAAUGUUAGCUUGGGCUUGCAAGGGCUGUAAGCUAGCUAGAGAGUGUGCAAACAAAGGGAUGAUGGGAUAUCAGCAGAAACUUACUUUCAUGCCAACAAUCCCGUCCACAACUCAGAGCAGAAAUUCUAAUAAAGAACUGCCGCUCUGCAGAAACUAUGACCUAGAAAAUGACUGUUUUUUUUUUUUAAUUUUGCCUAAAAACGACAUAAUCACAAUUAUAGGAAUGCUUUUAAAACAGAUCAAAUAAGCUUGGAGUCUGACGUUAAACAGCAUGAUUCCUUCCCAAGUUAAUUACGUUAUGAUUUAAGUUAUUAUUAAUCCAACAUUUUGGAAAGUUCUUGGUUUGAAUCCUCAAAGGGAACUUUCUGGGUGGAGAUACAUGUUCCCCCUGUGUGGGGAGAUUUUUUUUCUCCAGGAGUCCAAAAACAUGCUUUCUAGUAUAAAUAUGAAUGCAUGUGGUUGCAUGGUCCUGCCAUGGACUGGUGAUCCAUGUAGAGCGUACCCCUUCUUCCCCCAACAGCUGGGAUA